AUGAGUGAUAGGCAGAAGGGUUUGGUGGAUGCUAUACAGACUUGUUGGCCAAAUGCUAGUGUUAGACAUUGUGCUAGGCAUGUUUAUGCUAACUUUAGGAAAAAAUUCCCUGGGUUGAGGUUAAGGAACUUGUUUUGGGCUUUUAGUAAGGCUGCCAAUAUCAUUGAUUUUCAACAAGCCAUGGAAAAAAUUAAAGCUAUAGAUAGAGAAGGUCAUAGGUGGAUGAUUGAAAAUGAUGUGAGAUCUUGGUCAAGGCAUGCAUUCAACCUUGAUUCCAAAUCUGAUCAUGUUACAAAUAACAUGUGUGAAGUCUUCAGUAGCUGGUUGGGAGAGAAUAGAGAAUUACCCAUACUAAGCUUGUUAGAGCAUCAUAGGAGGAGGGUUAUGGUACAGAUGCAAGCUAAGGCAAAGGCUAGGGUCACAACUAUUCCCUCUAAUAUACAUAGGAAAAUCAACGAUCUAAUUGAGCUUGCUAAGAAUGUUGAAGUCAUCUGGCCUAGGGGUGCUGAGUUUGAAGUGGUGGAUAACAACUGCUUUCUCAGUAGAUGUUACAUCUUAAACCUUCAACCUCAAACUUGUGACUGUGGAAUGUGGCAACUUUCUAGAGUCCCUUGUGUGCAUGCAGUCCACUGUUUGCUUUUUAGGAACAUUAGAAAUAUGAAGGAUUAUGUGGACUCUUCAUUGAGGAUCACUUCAUACAAUUUGCUUUCAUUAACAUUUGUUUUCUUUGCUUUGUUUAGAGAGAAGAAGCUUUAUCAGCCCCAACAAGUUAGACAUGUCAACAUUGAAGCAACUGUCAAGGGUAGCAGGUACUAA